AAAAAGGAAGACGAAGAAGAAGACGCGCAAACGGACGGAGAAAUGGCGGCAUCGCUGCAGCGAGUUCUAGAGCGAGCCGAGUUGUGUAAACUUCCGAAGGUUCUCCAGGAGAAGCUGGAGAAGGCCCUGGUGGAGCAGCAGAGUGAGACGGAUUACUUUAAGGCGCAGUAUGAGCAGCUCCGUGUGGACAGCGAGCUACAGUAUGCGGAGCUGGAGAAGCGGUACACAGAGAGCCAGGAUCAGUGUGUGUCUGUAACAAAAGAUCACCAGAAGCUCCAGGAAGAGUUCUUGUCACUCGAUGAAGAGCUAAAAUCUCUCCACGAGAAAACAAAGGAACACGAAUCCUCGCAUGCAAACCUGGAGUCAGAGCUGAAAGAACUCUCCAAAUUAAAGGAAGAUCUGGAGGCUGAGAAGCGAGACCUGGUGCGCACACUGGAAAGGACAUCGCAGGAGGUUCAUGUCCAGAGCGAGGAUGUGAAGCGUCUCAGUGACAGGCUGGUGGAGGUCAACGCAACAAACAUGCAGCUAAGGUUGAAGCUAGAUGAGCUGGAGGCUUUGGAGGUCUCAAUCAAGUACAAAGAGAAACGUCUGGAGCAGGAGAAGGAGCUGCUCCAGGGUCAGGUGAGUUGGCUGACCGAGGAACUGAAGACUAAAAGUGAGGAGCUUCUUUCUCUGUCACGGGAGAAGAGUAGUGAGAUUCUAGAGCUCAAAUGCAGCCUGAACAGCAAAGAAGAUGAGUGUAACAGAGUACAGGACCAACUGGCCAGUCUGAAAUCCUCCAAUGAGAACCUUCAAAAGCAAACCGAGGACUUGAUCAGCAAACUGAAAGAGGUCAAAGAACAGCAGGCCAAGUCAGAGGAGAAGUUACACAAUGAACUUAAUACCAACAUCAAGCUGUUGAACUUGUACAAGGGCGCAGCGGCAGAUGCCGAGGCAAAGGGUGAAGAGCUGAACCGAGCUGUAGAAGAGCUGCACAAACUGCUGAAGAAGGCGGGAGAGGCUCACAAGGCCAUGGAGCUGAAGCUGGCCGAGGCAGAGAGCUGCAAACAGAAGGAAGUGUCUGAGCUGAAGGAACGCAUUGGUGAGCUGGAGAAAGAACUCGACAAUGCCAAUGAUCUACUGUCCGACCCCAAGCGCAGAGUUGGCACCACAUCUGCACCAGGUCUCCCAGACGAACAGCUCAGCACCAUGUCUCCCACCGCAGCAGCCAUCACCAAGAUCAGACCUGGCAUGAAGCUCACUGAGAUCUACACGGCAUACAUGGAAUCGCAGGAACAGCUGCAACUAGAGAAACUAGAGAGCAAACGGGUGAAUAAGUACCUGGAUGACAUCGUACAGGAGGUUGAGGCUAAAGCGCCCAUGCUGAAGAGACAGAGGGAGGAGCUGGAGCGUGCACAGAAGUCUGUGGCCAGUCUGUCUGCCAAGCUGGAGCAUGCUGUGCAGGAGGUACAGCGCUUGCAGAAGGAAGCAGACGAGGCCAACAAGCAUUCGUCCGUGCUACAGAGAGACAAUCAGAGGUUUGAGGUGCAGCUCAGUGACAUGGCCCACCAGAUUCGUGUGUUGCUGAUCGAGCUGGAGGAGGCACGUGGGAAUCACGUGGUCCGUGACGAGGAAGAAGUGUGCUCGGCUGACGUAAGCAGUACGUCUGAGGUAAUAUCGCAGCACCUGGUCACGUUCCGAAGUGUGGAGGAACUCCAGCAGCAAAACCAGCGCCUGUUGGCGGCUCUGCGUGAGCUCGGAGACGUACAGGAGAGAGAAGAGGUGGAGGCUGAGGGCACCAAACAAACUGCAGUGCAGAAAAGUUUGGAGAAGGCCCAGGUUGAGCUGGAGCAGCUUCGAGAGCAGCGUGCACACCACAUGCAGCUGGUUGAAUCCAUUGUGCGCCAGCGGGACAUGUACCGCUUCCAGCUUGCCCGGGUGACGGGCGUCAGCUUCCCUCAGCAAGGUGCUUCUUCAGAGGAGUUCUCCCUCACCUCCACUCCUCGUCGUUCCCCUCCAACUACGCCCGCUGCAUCCACACCCGCUGGUCUGGUAUCCACAGCAAUUGAAUCCACAGAGACUGUGGAGGCCAAGGCUGCCCUAAAACAGCUCCAGGAGGUGUUUGGGGCUUAUAAGAGAGAGAAGGCUGAAAGUGAGAAGACUCUAACUGAGCAGUGUGAGAGGUUGCAGGAGCAGGUGUCAGAACUGAGAUCCCAGAACACAAGGAUUUCCACUCAGCUGGAGUUUGCUUCUAAACGGUAUGAGAUGCUGCAGGAUAAUGUGGAAGGUUACCGUAAGGAGAUAGCCUCUUUAAGGGAGAAAACCCAGAAGCAGGCUGCAGCUGGGCAGAAGAGCGAGCAGACCAUCCACACUCUUACACAAGACCUGCGUGCAGCGAAGGAGAAACUGUCCAUGGUUGAAUCGCAAGCAGAGAGCCUGCGCAAGGAGAGAGACAUGCUGAAAAUGGUGGAGUCCAGUCUAUGCCAGGAAAAAGAAUCGAUCCUGGCUCAGCAGAAGAGCCAGAACCUCCUGCUCACCAAUUUGAAAUCCAUCCAGGCCACGUUGGAGCGCUCGGAGAUAGAAACUCGGCAGCGCCUCACAGUGCAGGUGGAGAAGCAGGAGAGAGAGAUUUCCCAGCUUCAGAAGAAACUGCAGCAUGAGGUGGAGCAGAGACAUGCGCUGGAGCGCAAUCAUGAUAAGCAGCUUCUGGAUGCUAAGAAGCAGCUGGAGGUGCAGUGCGCAUUACACCAAAGGACCAGAGAGCAGCUGAGCACCGCACAGCAGGAGCUGAACACUCUCCAGCAGCAGCUGAACACCGGAGAGAGAAGGAGUUCCUCUCCGAGCACCCACACAGGCCUUGCCGGGCUGCAAAGUGGUGAGGAGAACAUAGAGGAACUCCGUAAGCAUCUGACUGAGGCUAAGAGCAGAACUGAGGAUCUUGCUGAGAGACUGGACAGCACCACUGCCUCUCUCGAGCAGUAUAGAGCCAUGUGCCUGAGUCUGGAGGAAGCCUUGGAGAAGGAAAAACAGGUAACGGAACAAGUCAAGACAUCGGUUGAGAGGCAGGUCUUGGAGGCUCAUGAGCAGCUUCAACAACUAGAAAUGAAGCUUCUAGAAGCUCAAAAAGAGAAAAAUGAAGUCCAGGAAGAGAAAAAGAAAGCCGUGGCAGCCAUUGAGCAACAGGUGAGCGAUCUGCAGCGGAACCUGAGCAGCCUGCAGGCUGAGCAUCAGGAAGUGUUGCAGAAGGCAGCUAUGGCGUCCGCUCAGGAGCAGCUGGCUAUACGGGAUAGCAAAGAGCAGGCUCGUCUCGCCAGUGAGGCUCAGGAUAAGUACGAGCAGGAGAUGCUCUUACAUGCAGCAGAUGUGGAGGCCCUGCAAGUGGCUAAAGCCCAGGCCCAACACGCCACACAGCUCCGGCAGCAGCUUGAAGAGAAGCUCCAAACAGUCAGCACACAGCUGUUUGAGGCCCGAGUGUCCUGGGAAGAGCAGGAGAAGAUCCUCAAAGAGGAGCAGACUAAGCUGGAGUCACAUUCCCAGGAGUUGCAGAAGCAGAAUGAGCUCCUACAUGAACAGAUUCAGGCCAUGAGUGGAAAGAUGGCAACCCAGCUACAGAAGGCCAUCGGUGAUAACGCACUGAAUGUUUCUCUUACUGAGGAGGGGAAGUCUCAGGAACAACUUCUGGAGAUCCUCAGGUUUGUUCGUCGCGAGAAAGAAAUCGCAGAGUCACGUUUCGAGGUGGCUCAGGGAGAGAGUCUGAGGCACAGGCUGCGAGUAGAGCAUCUGGAGCGAGAGUUAAAGGAGGUCCAGGACUCCCUUAAUGCUGAGAGAGAGAGGAUGCAGGUGACUGCAAAGACCUUGUCCCAGCAUGAUGAGCUGAUGAAGAAGACUGAGACCAUGAAUGUGCUGGCGGAGACUAAUAAGAUGCUGCGGGAUGAGAAGGAAAGACUGGAGCAGGAGCUACAGGAAACUCUAGUCAAGGUGAACAAGCUGCAGUCAGACAUCUUGCCCAUGCAGGAGGCGAAUGCCGAGCUGAGUGAGAAGAGCGGCAUGCUACAGGCUGAGAAAAAACUUCUGGAAGAGGAGAUCAAACGCUGGAAAACACGCACUCAGUUACUUGUAAGCCAGCAGAAGGACACAGACCCUGAGGAGUACAAGCGGCUGCACUCAGAGAAGGAAGCCCAUCUGAAACGCAUCCAGCAGCUCACUGAGGAAUACAGUCGGCUUAAGGCAGAGGCAAACAGAAGUAGCCUUUCGGUCACCACACUACAGUCUCAGCUGCAGAACCUGCGGGAGGCUCUUGGCAAGGUGACGGUAGAGAGAGAUGGUCAGAAAAAAGAUAUCGAGGCCAAGACUCUGGACAUCCAAGAGAAGCUUAAGACCAUCACACAGGUCAAAAAGAUCGGGCGGCGUUAUAAAACUCAAUAUGAUGAGCUUAAAGUAGAAUACGACAAGAUGGUGGCAGCUGCUGCCUCUGCUCCAGUUCAAGACCAGGAAGCUCAGCAGGCCUCGGCUCAGGAGCUACAGAGCCUCCGGGAAUCUCUCAGCCAAUCAGAGGCCAAGGCUCAAGAACUGGAGAGCCAAUUGGAAACCUUAAACAAAACAAUAGGGGAGCGAGAAACUGAAACGCGCUCUGCACAGGACCAGGCGUCCCAUGUGCAGGGUGAGCUAACACGCCUGCGCCAGGAGUUGGUGGAAAAGGCAGCCCAGGAAGACCGGCACCGGCAGCAGACGACUGAGAAGGAGGAACGAACCAGAAAGACGAUUUUACUGGCAAGGGGCAAAAUCAAUCACCUUAUGGAGGUAAAGGGGCAGUUGACAAAGGAGAAUGAGGAGCUGAAGCAGCAGCGCGAGGAGAUGGAGGUGCGCAUAAAUGCACUGCGCUCACAGUAUGAGGGCCGCAUUAGCCGCCUGGAGAAGGAGCUGCGGGAGCUACGGGACCUGCGGGAGCAGCAGGAGAGACAUGUAGAGCAGAGAGAUGAGCCGGUGGAGCAAGGCCCCAGCAAGACUCAGGAGCAGCAGAGGCCCACAGAACAGAGGCAGAUUUCUCUAAAACCCACACCAGUGGCUGAAAGGGGCAGUGCAAGCACCUCUGAGCCACCUACGGCAAAUAUUAAACCCACUCCACUUGUGGCGACCCCCAGCAAGCCCCCUGCCAUUCCAGGAAACAAGCCCACACCGAGGGCAAGUAUAAAACCGAUGAUCACCCCUGCUGCAGUGCCCACCCCUACCCCCACCGCAACAGUAAUGCCCACCACCCAGCAGGAGACCCAGGAUGCAGUCUCCUCAGAAGCUCCUCUCGACCAUGUGCCUGUGUUUGGAAGCACCACUGGCUCUGUGCGAUCCACCAGCCCCAACAUUCAGACCACUCUGGCUCAGCCAAUGCUGAAUGUUCAGCAGAGCCAGACCACUGCGUUUGUCCAGCCCACUCAGCAGCAGAGUUUACCCCCCACUGAGCCUGCCAGUCAGGAGCCUGCCUCCACCCCCAUGAUGAUGGAGGCUACACCCAGCACUUCCCAGAUGGAGAGACCAUCCACAUCCACGGCUGUGUUUGGAACAGUUUCAGCGACACCUAGCAGCACAUUAACUAAGCGUCCUCGAGAGGAGGAGUUGGAUAACAUUACAGUGGAGCUAGAGCCUCCAGAGGAGCCCACAGAGCCUCCCAUCUCCAAGAAGCUCCGCAUGCAGAGAGUUGAGCUGGAGAUGGAGAUACUCGCAGAGGACAGCACUGAAGCUGAGAGUGUUGUACCAGGAGGGACCCAGGAAGCAGCUGAUGCUGUGGAUGAACUGGAAAACUAUACCACCAUAGGAGAGGUAGAUGAGGAGGCCUCGGCAUCCCAGUCUGUCCCUGUGGAAUUUCUCCUUUCCCAAGUGUCUGAUUCAAACAGUCAGGAGGAACCAGAUGAACCAGUCAACGUCAUAGUUAUUGACUCUGGAAGUGAGGAAGAGCAGGAGGAGGACACAGAUGAAGAUGAGCAGGAUUAUGAGGAAGAAGAGGAUGAGGAGGAAGAGGAGGAUGAUGAUGAUGAAGGUGGAAUGGAGGUAGAAGGAGAGGAUAGCAAUGAGGAGAGUGCCAAUGGAGAUCCCGGUGAGGCCUAUGAGGGCGACAAUACAGAGGGUCCUGAUGCCACAGAUCCAGGAACUGAAACAGAGGAGAGUCUUGGAGCGACAGACUCCACCCAGUGCGUGGCUGUUUCUGCCCCGGUGUCCAGUACGUUAGUGGCAUUCUCUUCUGAACCAAUCACCAGCUCUGCACCUCGCCCUCCGCCGUCGCCACGGAGACAACAGCAAGCACUCCCCUCUCGACUCGGCGUUCUGGCUCCACCUAUACAGGAGCUUGCUCCACCCUCACAAGUCCAGCGCAUCCCUGUGCGGCGACAGCCCGUUGGUCGAGGACUCCAGCUCACUUCGGGUGUAUCCGGUAGUACACAGCCGCAGCAGCACUUCCACGAGGAGGAUGACCGCAUGGUCCCCAACGCCCCCACACUAGCUGUCUCCCAUCGCACUGACUGCUUUGGUGAUGCUAUCCACUCUCCCCAGGUAGCAGGCGUGCUGCGUUUUGGUUAUGGCCUUUCGGAUGACGUCCCACAGACCAGCUCUUCCAACACGGAUCUGGAACAGCUGACUUCACAAGGAGUGAUGGUGUUCUCAGAGACGCACCCCUCAGACGUGACUGAAAACGCCUCCCAGUCUGUGCCCACAGUGAGCACGUCCACUCCGAGUGUGUGUGUUGUGACUGGUCCCAGUGCAGCUGAAGAUCGAGAUGUCCUGCUCGAGGCAGGGGACGAUGGAAGCAGUACUGAGGUAGUCCUGGAGUUGUCUUCUCAGACCGAGGCUGAAGAGCCACCUCACCCUUCAGAUGAGGCCAGUCUCCCCUCUACCAGCCAGGAGCCGUCAUCCAGCUCCGCAGACACAAGCAGCCGCCAGCCACCCAGAGUCAGGACCGGGUCUGGCAGGCAGUGGACUCGAGGUCGGGCCACCAGAGGCUUCGUCAAGAGAGAUGGAUCAGGAGUGAUGGGAGUGCGGCGGCGCUUUGCCAGGUGAAAAGUGCCAAUGAUGUUGCGGUUGUUCUAACUCGGCUCGACAAGCUACUCCACUAAAGCUUUGAUCAUUCUCAUGUUUUGC